AAACCACUCAUGGAAAAGAAACGAAGAGCUCGCAUUAACAAGUGUUUGGACCAGUUAAAAUCUCUUCUGGAAAGCUACUACAGCAGUAGUAUUCGAAAGCGCAAACUGGAAAAGGCCGACAUCUUGGAGCUCACUGUGAAACAUCUCAGGAACCUCCAAAAGAUCCAGAGCUGCACUGCCGCUGCUUCCGAGUUUUCUGAUUACCAAAGUGGCUUCCGCAGUUGCCUGACAAACGUCAACCAAUAUUUGCUGAUGGCAGACAACUUGAACGGAAGCGACCGCUGGAUGUUAUCGCAGCUUUCCAGCAAACUGUGCCGCUCUCGGGGGCGAGAGGAAGUCUUCAGCACCAUGGACAGCGGCCUGGGCCAAGAGGAGACACAGGAUGAGGUGCGGAGACUUCUUCCAUCGGCAGCUGGACCUGAGGAGAGAAAACCUGCCAAAUCUAAAGCCCUUAAACGCCUUACCCCGUCUCCUUUAUUAACGAGUGAAGACACACGGCAGUCAUCUGGAACCAAACAGGCUGUCCUUGCUGCGGCGCCAACACAUAAUGUUGAUGAGAAAUGUUCCAGUCACAAGAAGUUUCACUCUGUCAGUCACAUGAAUGAAGUUGCAAACACUCAGCACAACGUCUGGCGGCCUUGGUAG